AUGGCUCGACCCUUCCAUCCGCGUCCAGCCAUACUUCCAGGUCGAUUGUGCCCGCAUACACCGAGGCAGCUGGUACCUAUAGAUGAUACGGCGGAUUGGGGGGCCUCGCCGGCUCUCCCGUCUCGACCGCGAACAUUCUCUGAUGCGUCCUGGGUACUCUCAACGCACAUUGUCCCUGCUGCGCUGCCACGGACUACACCAGACAUACCGCCAGUCAUAUUGCCUGCAUGGACUGCAGACAAGGGGAAGUGGAAAGAGGCGGUACAGAAGACGGCAGACGAGAUCGUGGGCGUACGGUACAAGCAGUGGAACGGCGAGUUGAAGGAGCCUGGGAGCCGCAAACCGCUCUGGGUGUGUCUUAACCGGUACAGGAGAAGAAAUCUCUCGCAGGAGGAAGAGGCCAAGGGUGUCACACUUCUGUUCACGCAUGCCAACGGGUUCCCCAAGGAGAUCUGGGAGCCUGCCCUCCUUGGUCUACUUGAGCAGCGCAAAGCAUCUCAUUCGAGCUACCAGAUUGCAGAGGUGUGGGCAUGGGAGGCGGUCAACCAUGGUGACUCCUAUCUCGUGAAUGAAAAGAAUUUGGGUGGAAUCUACGAUUGGCAGGACAAUUCCCGAGACGUAUUGCAGUUCCUACUGCGUUACCUACCCUCGCGCGCAUCGUCCUCCGAGCUUCCAACGCACCUUCCUCGAUUGUCUGACAGCAUUGCCCAUGAACGACGCUCGCGUGGGUUCUCCGAGCGGACAAUGGUUGGUGUUGGCCACUCGCUCGGUGGGGGUACUCUCGCCCGCGCCGCCAUCGCAGAACAAGCCCUCUUCACCUCGCUCGUUCUCGUGGACCCUAUCAUCCGUCCCUACCCAAGCAAGGGCCCACUGCUCGGAGCUGCGACCAUGAAACUUACCAUUGGUGCGAUCCAACGCCAGAGUCGCUGGGCGUCCCGUCGGGAAGCGAAGGAAAAGUUCUUGUCGUCACCGUUCUUUGCCGCGUGGCACCCUGAUGUGCUCGACAUCUACGUCGAGUGCGGGCUGACCGAGGAUCCCAACGGCGGCGUGACGCUCAAGAUGCCCGGCAUCCAUGAAGCGCUCACCUUCACGGAGGUGAUGACGACGUACGACACAUGGGACCUCAUCGACACGCUUGACCCGCGCAUCCCACUGCAGUGGGUUCUCCCGGGGAAGGACGUAGAGAAGUCAGCGCAAUUUCUCGCUCCUGUUCCGUAUGUCGGCGCUGACGGCCGCCGCAGCGACGGCGGGGUCCGCGCACAAACCGCGUGGCGGAGGCCAGAGAACGCGAACAACGUGAUCAUACGGGAGGCGGGUCACUUGAUCGCGCAGGAGGCCCCCUUGCAGCUUGGUGAGUAG